GACGACCGCAUCAUCUACGAGCCGCGCAAGCGCAACCAGACGAAGCGCUUCGGUAACGACGACAGCAAGCUCGACAUCUCCGACCUGGACUCGAGCAGCGACGAGGAGGCUGGGUCGCGGCGCGGCGGACAACGCCGCAGCCGACGCUCGAAGGGCCGUCGGCGUGACAGCGACGACGAGUGGGACGACAGCGUCGACGACGGCGCCACCUACACGCGCUCCGACUGCUUCAAGGUCGAGAAGAACCUGCUGCACUAUGGAUGGGGACGUUGGGAUGAUAUUCUAUCUCACUGCCAGUUCAAGCGGGAGAGAAGCAUCAAGGAGAUAGAGGAUAUGACUCGUACUAUACUUGCUGUUCUGUGUGCGACACUACAAUGGUGAUGAGAAGAUCCGGCAGUUCAUCUGGACCUGAUCACGCCCGACCAGACGGCAACACUGCCAUGGACACAAGCACCA